AUGGAAGACAGCCACCAAGGCUUUUUGCCUGAGCAGCUUGAGGAAAAUGGUUACCUCCGUUCACAGGGCUUCCCAGAGAUGACUCGACCCCAACUAGCAACAUGGGCCGGAAGGCAUUGCGUGGCAAUGCAGGUAUGUUUGUGUGCAUGUAAUUGUCUUUUGGUGGCGUUUCCAUUCACACAUGCUCCUUCUCACUUACAGCAUUAUAAAGCCAGCCUUAUGGUGGAUUCUGUAUUGACAGCUGAUUCAGGGAGCAAGCGCAACGGAGCACAAACCUCUGCUACUUUGAGGAGAGGCAGCAAGGUGCCAAGCUUCCACAGCAACAAUGAUCUCUAUUCCAAAGCCCUCUUGCAGGCAUCUGCAACCCCCCACAUCCAGACCAUGCUGUUGGACAUCCUUUUGCUGUCCCACAACCCUGCCUCUGGUGAUGAGGGUGCUGUAUACACCUUUUCAGGUCCAACCAUGCCUGGUCAUCCCAAUGUUGCCGCCUCACCAGCAACAGCAUCUGCUUAA